UUGAAACACGGAACAAAUCCGACCUUCUUCUCCGACGACGACGAACCUUCUUCCCCUCUCUUCUUCUUCAGUUCCCUUCUCUUCUCUGCUUCAAAAUCACAAAAUCGUCAGCUUUCUUUGUUCUGCCAUCGAGAAGCAUCUGUAAACCAAAUCUAUCUCCCUCAGAUAGAGAAAUCGAAAAUGUUAACUUUUGUUUAUUCAGUUUGAUUCGUCUUCAAUCUCUGUUCGAGUUUAGCAAAGGGAGGGCCUCUUUAAUACGAGCUCGUGAAUCGAUGACAAAAGCCAUGGAAUCAAAAUCAAGGAAAGAAAGCAUCUUGAUCAAGUACGCCAUCUUCUCAAGACUUCUCGUUCUGUUCUUAACUCUUUUGUGGCGGAGCUUACUCCAACCGUACGAUACAUCCGCUGCACUCAAUCCUCCUUGCUUGAAUCACAAAGAAGAUUCCUCUCCGUUUCUAGUAGCCAAUGCAGCUUCGAGAUCACUUGAAAACAGUGUCGUAUGGGACAGUGUGUAUUUUCUCAGAAUCACCGAGUGUGGGUAUGAGUAUGAGCAGACUUACGCCUUUUUGCCUCUUCUUCCUUUCUUCAUCUCGAUCCUCUCUCGCACAGUUUUUGCUCCUUUGGUUCCAUUCAUUGGUCUUCGAGCUGUGAUGGUGUUGUCUGGUUACACGGUCAGCAACUUAGCCUUCGUAUUUGCUGCUAUCUAUUUAUUCAGGGUUUCAGUUAUUAUCUUGAAGGACACUGAGGCAUCAUUCAGAGCUUCAAUUAUCUUCUGUUUCAAUCCGGCGUCCAUAUUUUAUUCCUCAAUAUAUUCAGAAAGUCUGUAUGCUCUUUUUUCUAUUGGAGGCGUCUAUCACUUGUUAUCUGGUACCAGCAAUGUAGCCGUUCUCUGGUUUGCACUCUCUGGCUAUGCAAGGUCCAACGGAGUUCUUAAUGCUGGGUAUAUCUGUUUCCAGACUAUGCAUCGAGCAUAUGAAGCUUUAUAUCAGAAAAGGCGCAUUUAUUUGACUAUGCAGGUUUUGGUGGCUGGGCUUGUUAGAUGCCUUUGCAUUUGUCUUCCUUUUGUCGCGUUUCAAGCUUAUGGAUACUAUAACAUUUGUCAUGGACAUACGAUUGAUGAAAUGAGGCCUUGGUGCAAAGGAAGGAUACCUUUGCUGUACAACUUCAUUCAGAUUCAUUAUUGGGGAGUAGGUUUCCUUAAAUACUUUCAGUUUAAACAGCUCCCAAACUUUCUUCUCGCAACCCCAAUUCUCUCUUUAGCUGUGUGUUCAAUUAUGAGUUACAUGAAGUCUCGACCUGAGCUCUUCAUUUCAUUGGGGUUUCAAGCUACCAAGAAAGAAAAGAGAUCAGCUGCAAUGCUUUAUUCUCUGAAGGAUGUAGUUGAACCAAGUGUUAAAACUUCAACAAAUGAAGGAAACCGUGACAUUAGGCAGCGGAAACCUAGCAGUAAGAAGGAUGUGACUGUGACCAGAGUGGCUGCAGAAUCCAGCUCUCCAGAAAAAUCGGGAUACUUUUCAGCUGAUGUCUUCCCAUUUAUCGUACACUUGGGUUUAAUGGCAACCACGGCGUUCUUCAUCAUGCAUGUUCAGGUUGCAACACGGUUCUUGUCAGCAAGCCCACCUCUUUACUGGUUUGCAUCGUAUCUGAUUGCAUCUCCAAAACAUAGUAAAUGGGGAUACUUGAUAUGGUCAUAUUGUGCAGCCUAUAUCCUUCUUGGCACCUUGCUCUUCUCAAACUUUUAUCCCUUCACUUGAAUUCAUGGUUUUGUCAGCGCAUCUUUGGUGUUUUAUUAGAGUACCGACACAAGGGCAUAAGUUACCGGUUUCUUGUCCAGUCAUGUAAAUGCAGAGUACCAACCGGUUUUGUUGUUUCUGCACGAUUUUAACCAAUUAGUAUUAGUUUUUUUGUUGUGCUCUCAGAGCUCACUGUGAUCUCACUUGGCAAGACAUUGAUAUGUUCUUUUUGGCUUGUUUGUAAAAGAUUUGAAAUUGAGGCGACUGUUUCAUUAUAAAAACGAGCUUGAUCCAUGGAAGUGUGGUGUUA